CCACAUUCCCCGAGGGUCUCACUUUAGUUACGAAUCAAGUUGGUUCAAUAAAAGCAGCGCAUAUUGUAUUUACGCUCUCAGGAGUCUACAUCAUCUUCUGCGGCUUUUGCAGCACAACCUAUGGUUCCAUCUGGACAAGGGAAUGACACGUGAGGGGGCUAUCAUUAAGCUCAAGGACAUGGAUGAGGCGGUCAACGCGGUCAUGGAAAUCGUGGACGAGGCAGGGGCUCGGGUCCGUAUUAGGGGUAUGCUGCCCCACCUCCUCCUUACUACCAGCCGCAGGCGGGACAACCGGCAAUAGGCUACUACCAGCUUGCUUAUUUUCCGGCACCUUCGGCUCGACCACCACAGGGAAGACCAGGUGGCACGAGUUUUGGAAUCUCAAGCAUUGUCUCUGAUCAUAGAUUUUAGUGCCCUUGGGCUGAUUCAAGAAUAUUAUUUGAUCCUACCGCCGCUUUGCUGACUGAGUCACCGUGAUUAACCUCUCCACCAUCCUGUCGGGUCAGGGUGGGGGGGGGAGGCUUGGGGUUGGGCAUUCAACCUUUUGGACCAAGAAUAUUAUUUGAUCCGUGUGGCCUCUAUUGGUAUGUAAAUCCUCCAGUUUUUAAUUAUCGAGUAUGACUUACGUCAUUCCUCUUGAAG